AUGUAUUAUAAAAAUCAAUAACUCUAAACAUGGUUACUAAAAUCUCUCUUCAUUUGCCUCUAGCAAUCGUUAUUCUAUUAUCAUUGCAACAUUCCUAUGCCCGUGAGAGCAAAGUCUCGGCUGUAUUUGUAUUUGGAGAUUCUACGGUUGAUCCCGGAAACAACAACUACCUUCCCACUAUCGCAAGAGGAAACUAUCCACCAUACGGCAAAGAUUUUCAUGAUCACGUCGCAACUGGAAGGUUCAGCAAUGGUAGACUUGUCACUGAUUUUAUUGGUGAAUUUAUGGGGAUGAAAGAGAAUUUGCCACCUUACUUGGAUCCAAACUUAACCAUUGUAGAUCUCAUGACUGGUGUUAGUUUUGCCUCUUCUGCUAAUGGUUAUGAUGCAUUUACUUGUCAUUUUACGGUUGAUGGGCAUUAA